AUGGAAGAAGAGAAGAAAAUUCUACCGGAGAUUGAAGAAGAGGAAGAUAUAAUUCUCUUGAGUGAAGGAAGCGAAGAAGAGACGGAGACUGAGACAAAAGAUGGUGUAGAGGAAGAAGAAGACGGAGAUAACGAUGACGACGAAGAUGACGACGAUGACGACGACGACGACGACGAAGAUGAAGAGGAAGUAGAUGAUGAUGAUGAAGUGCAGGUUUUGCACUCAACUAGUGGACCGCCGGUUCAUUCAGCUGAUGAUGAGGAAGACGAUGAAGAUGACGACGAUGACGACGAGGAUGAUGACGGUGACGGAGACGAUGACGACGAUGACGACGACGACGAUGACGAGAAUAACGACGACGACGAGGACUGUGGAGAAGAGGAUCUAGGAACCGAAUACCUCGUCCGGCCAGUUGGUCGUCCUGAAGACGAGGAAGAUGCCAGUGAUUUCGAACCAGUAGAGAACGGUGAUGAUGAAGAAAUCAAUGAAGAGGAAGACGAUGAAGAUGACGAGGGUGCCGGAAAGGUUGAGGCUCCACCUAAAAGGAAAAGAACAGAUAGGGAUGAUUCAGACGACGACGAUGAUGAUGGUGGAGAGGAUGAUGAGAGACCAUCCAAGCGAUAGGGCUGGGCCCCGUCUUGGUUUGAGGACUGACCAUUGACAUAUAGGUCAAUCUCUCUACCUCUAUCUUAAAUCCAUCUCCUUUCUGUAGAAAGAAGGAUAGGAUGAUUGUGUUUUUCGAUCCUGUAUU